GCGUCCCCGCCGCCGCCGCCGCCGCCGCCGCCGGGAGGAGGUUCCCGCACGCUCCGGCGCGCGCCGCCCGCCAGCCCUCGGCCUGUGGGGCGAUUUCCUCCGGCCCAAGGUUCCGUCCGCGCCCGGGGAAGAUGCAGACCUUUCUGAAAGGGAAACGGGUGGGCUACUGGCUGAGCGAGAAGAAAAUCAAGAAGCUCAAUUUCCAGGCCUUCGCCGAGCUCUGCAGGAAGCGUGGGAUUGAAGUCGUGCAGCUGAACCUCAGCCGGCCCAUUGAGGAGCAGGGCCCUCUGGACGUCAUCAUCCAUAAGCUGACCGAUGUCAUCCUGGAAGCCGACCAGAAUGAUAGCCAGUCCCUGGAGCUGGUGCACAGGUUCCAGGAGUACAUCGAGGCCCACCCCGAGACCAUCAUCCUGGAUCCCCUCCCCGCCAUCCGGACCCUGCUCGACCGCUCCAAGUCCUAUGAGCUGAUCCGGAAGAUUGAGGCCUACAUGCAAGAUGGCAGGAUCUGCUCUCCGCCCUUCAUGGAGCUCACCAGCCUGUGCGGGGACGACACCAUGAGGCUGCUGGAGCAGAAUGGCCUGGCCUUCCCUUUCAUUUGCAAAACCAGAGUGGCCCAUGGCACCAACUCUCACGAGAUGGCCAUCGUGUUCAACCAGGAGGGCCUGAGUGCCAUCCAGCCACCGUGUGUGGUCCAGAACUUCAUCAACCACAAUGCUGUCCUGUACAAGGUGUUUGUGGUGGGCGAGUCCUACACCGUGGUAGAGAGGCCCUCGCUCAAGAACUUCUCGGCAGGCACUUCAGACCGCGAGUCCAUCUUCUUCAACAGCCACAACGUGUCCAAGCCAGAGUCGUCGUCCGUGCUGACCGAGCUGGACAAGAUUGAGGGUGUGUUUGAGCGGCCGAACGACGAGGUCAUCAGGGCGCUGUCCCGCGCCCUGCGGCAAGCGUUGGGCGUGUCGCUGUUCGGAAUCGACAUCAUCAUCAACAACCAAACAGGGCAGCACGCCGUCAUUGACAUCAACGCCUUCCCAGGCUACGAGGGCGUGAACGAGUUCUUCACAGACCUCCUCAACCACAUCACCAGCGUCCUGCAGGGCCAGAGCACAGCAGCCGCCACUGCCCCUGCCCCGGGGGAGGCGGCCCCGCUGAAGCACAGCAGGAUGCUGGCAGAGCAGGCGGGCGGCCCGGUGGCCGAGCGGACGUCCGAGCAGCGGGCAUGCAGUGCCAGCCCUAGCUGCUGCAGCCUGCUGGGCCAGGACACCUCCUGGACCACAGAGGCAGGUGCGGGUGGCACAGCCAAGCUGCCGCACCAAAGACUCGGCUGCACCGCUGGCGUGUCGCCCAGCUUCCAGCAGCACUGUGUGGCCUCCCUGGCCACCAAGGCUUCCUCCCAGUAGCCCUGGAGCCUGGGGGUACAGAGCCUACCCACUGUGGGAGGGGGGACCCUCCUCCCCGAUUCCCAAUGACGAUCUGACUCUGCUCUUUUUUAAUCUGUAACCUGACCUUCUGGUGUCGUGAUCCGGCGAGGGGGAGUGGGGAAGGUGCAAGACCCACAGGCCCCACCCCCCCGUUCUGCCUUGUGGGAGGAAGGGGGCUUCCGCCUGACUCCUGCUGUGUUUACACACGCGUGCGUUUUCAACACUAGGGCUGAAUGUGAGUGGGUCUGCACGUUCGCAUGGGUGUGUGUCCAGGUUGGCCCACAAGGCCACAGGGGACCCCAGCCAGGCUGCUGGUGCUGGACGGAGCCAGUCCGUGAAUGGUUCCUCCUCCUGCUGUUCUCCCAAGACCCCACCCCGACCCUUCCUUGCUUCCCCAAAGCCAGUGUGCCCGGUGCCAGAAGGCCCCCAAUGGGCCAAGGCUGUGGCUGGCUGUCACACUUCAUGACUAGCACCCUGGGGCCACCAGGCCCCUCCGUCCUGCGUAGCGGAUCUCCUUUCUCCAAUCCCCAUUCUGCCACUCACUGGAACCCAGGAGGGAUGCUAGCAUGGGUGGGAGCCCCAGGGGGUGCCUACUGUACCCAGGUCAAGGUCUGUGACCCCGGGGCUGGCCUGGCGCUCCUGCCCGAGUGCUGCAUCUUCUGCCUGCCCUGUGUGGUCAGUUGGACAGAGACAGGCACAGGAACCUGGACAUGGCACCAUGGAGCACAGGGGUCCUCCCGGGCAUGCCGGAGCCACCUGCGGUGCCCCUGGCACACCCUAGGCACUCAGUCAGCCAGGAGUAAGGCUGUUUAUCCCCCACACUCCCUCUUCUGAGACUCACCACAUCACCACAGCAGUGACAGAGAAGGGACCAAGUGGGGAGCAAGGGGCUUCGGGGUCCCUGAAGACGUGGGACCCUGUGUGAGCUGCCCAAGUGUGAUUUUGCAUCCUGGGACAUCAGCUGGGUUGCAGUCCAGUGAGACGAGGAUGCUGCGAAGAGCCCCAGCUAUCCCCAGAAAGGUUGCAGCCUGGCAAUGCCCACAGUCUGGUUGGGCAGGGAGGGCCUGGGCCCAGUGUCGGGCAGAGCUCAUCAGAAGUGCCCAGCUCCCUUGGUGGUGAGGGCCCGGCAGCUGCCCAUGUUCACCUGCCUCAAGUGCUGCCCCCCCCCCGAUGAACGUGUGUGUGUCACCUGUCCCAGGUCUGCCCUGAGCCCCGGGACACAGGGAAGUGUGGCCGGCCUCUUGCACUGCUUUGUCUUCAAAAUAAACUACUGAAAUCAA